GUAAACUUUUUACAUUUAAAACAAAAUAACAAAAAUAUAUUACACGUUGUAUUAGUUUGCAUUAAAGUCAUGCGCGUUGAGGAGGUUAUAACGCUAGAGCAGCUGCAGCAUCAUCGCUAUAUAGCCAGCCAAAUUAAUAAUACACGCGAUCGCUGGAACGAUCUCUGCUCCUGGUAUCCUUUGGCUCAAGCGCAGCAGUAUCAACAGUUCGGUCGCAUCUAUGCGGAAAGCUUAAACAAAUUCGGCGCUGAGCAGUUCAAGCAAUACGCUGAGCGACGUCGCUUGCGGUCGUGCUACACUGCGCCCAUUUACAAGCAGCAGCUGGAGGCGUUCAGAGCGCAUGGCAACUAUCCCAUGAACUAUUUGGAUAACUUGAAGUACUCGAUAACCACCAAUGGGGAAUAUGGACUGAUAACACCAGCAGCUCAUCAUUCCUGCUGAGCUGCGUAAGUUGCGUGCUGUGUUUCGAGCUUAGCUGGCAGUUGAAUAUUGCUAAAGAUAGUUAACUGCCAGCUGAGCUCCAAUGCAAGUCACAGCAGCUGGCCCAGAUUGAACUCCUAAAUAAAAGAAAUCAAAAUCAGCGAAAUUUCAAGACAUUUAUUAUAUAUGGAAAAAGAGUUU